AGAAGGAGGAGCUUCCAGUGAGCUGCUUCACCUGGUUCUCCGAUGAUGUGUUGUUGUCUGCCUAGGUAUGUAGGGUGAGUGAACUCCCAUCCGGAUUCAAGAUUACAUCGAAAUCUGCACUCGGUUCUCAACUGGGAAGCCGGUGUACGUACGUGCCAACGUUCUCAUCAUGGCAGUCUCAGAGUCACAGAGAGGAGCACACAGGUUAUAAGAGCGACGUUGGAUCAAAUACAACCAGUAAUACAUCUAGCAAUGAGAAAGGACAAUACACCGAUGCUCUGAAGUGCCCAUGCCCUGCUGAAUCCCCCCAACGCCCGAAUCAAAAGAAAAUACCAAACAAGAAUGCAGUCAAAACCAACCACCUCCACCCUGAACCUGCUGUUGCAUCGUGAGAAAAGGCGAAGGGUCAAGGGUCAGCCCACGUUGUCUCCUUCCCGCAAACGAGAAAACCCAGUUGUCAGUGUGGCCUCGGGAUACCAGAGUAAACCAAAAAGAGCCUAUCCAGUGGGUUCGUAUAGAAGAAAAUGUUCUCAGUGAAUGCGAAUUCCAAAGGCCACCAACCGGACUGUUCGCCGUCCAUAUAGGAAGAAUGGUCCAAAGCAGACCCCCGACCCCUUUCUGCAACGAUUAAGGUCCUUGUCCCCCCCCCCCCCCC